AUGGCGGAGCGGUGCAAGUACGAGGUGCUGGGGCUACCGCCCCUCGCGGACGAGGACGCGAUCAAGAAGGCCUUCCGCAAGAUGUCGCUGAAGCAUCACCCGGACAAGGGCGGCGACCCGGAGAAGUUCCACGAGCUCCAGCUCGCGAGCCAGUUCCUCCUCGACCCGGCCAAGAAGCGUCAGUACGACAAGGAGCUCAGCAACAUCUCGCUCGCCGCCAAGCAGCGCGACGAGCGCAAGAAUGCCAUGAACGAUGCGCGCAAGCGGGC